ACCGUCAGGGGCCGGAGUCAGCCGCUCGCUGAGUGUAUCAGCCGCCUCCCUGUCAACGGAAUCUAGCGAAUCGUAUGGCGCGUCGGUCAAGGUACAGCCUCUGCAUCAGACAUCGGUCAGACCAUGGGCAAUUAUGCUUUCGGUUCAGCGCAUUCGCUCAACUCUUUCCGGAACGUCAAUAGAAGGUGCCUGGGCCGAAGAGGUCGAGCUUGAGUUUGGACGACGCAUCAUCCUUAGGAGCACGAGACGCGGAGGUGACUCUCCAGUGCAACCCGAAGGCAAAGCAAAUUCACCUCCAAUUCUUCGCCGUUGCGCACCGACUGUCAGGAGUCGAUCUAAAGUCGAUCGCAAAAGAAGAAAGCCACGGCCUGGCUGCCUUUGCACUGGGCAUCGGUGGUCGCAGCCGAAAGGGUCCCCCCCGGCGCUCACAUUGAAAGCUCCGCUUAGGAAAAGUCAGCAAGACGAGACGCUGCCAUGCGUGGUCCAGCAAACGAUAGAACGCCCACGGCAUGGAGACACGGGCCUGCGUUCGAAGGCAAAGGUCUGCAGCCCACGGAGAAGAUAGCAACGAGUGGCGCAAACCCGCGUUCACCCACGCUGCAAGCAAGGCAUGAAGGCAACCUCCUCUGCCGCUUCCGUACUUGGCGUGUCCUCCCCGCUUCCAGUGCGGAUAAUGCCAGGCUUCGCCGAGCCAUUCGACGCCUCUGAGAUCCACACUUUCGCAAAGUGGCAGAAUGUGGGGAGCAAAGCGAGCAAGGAAUGCAGAGCAUGACGUCGUCAACGGUGGUCACAAGGUGUCCCACUCACCCCGCU